CACAGAAAGAGAGAUGAAGACAACAUGCACAGCCAAAUGGAAACUAAUCUUCAUGAAGAGGGUGAGGGGAAGGUGCGGGUGCGGUAGAUUAAAACCACAGACGAGUUGAAAAGUGCUAUAUAAAGUGUAAACUCUCCUCCUGAAAGACUAUUGUAGUUGUCCUCCCAGCAUAAUGGAUGUCCUGAACACAUUCUUGAUGAUUCUUGUUCUGAUUUGUCUCAGACAAAAUGCACUUGGCAGUGAAAUAAUAAACGGUAAAAAGGCAAAGAAAUCCUCAAUGAAGUAUAUGGCAUCAGUCCAGACCGACAAAGGUCACAAAUGUGGAGGAUUUCUCGUCAGCGAGGACUUUGUAAUGACUGCUGCACACUGUGACGAGUGGAAUCCUACAAGUGUUGUUCUGGGAACGCACAAUCUCAAGAAAGUUGAUGAUGCCACGAUGAGAUACAGUGUCACAAAGAGGUGCAAACACCCUUCUUAUAAAACAAUGUCAUCUGGGAAUGACAUCAUGCUCCUCAAACUGUCUAGGAAAGCUCGUCUGGGCAAAAAAUCAAUCAAGCCAAUUAAACUUCCAACUGAUCAAAAGCCCCUGAAAGAAAAAAAAGUGUGCACGGUAGCUGGAUGGGGGUACACACAAACCCGUGGUCAAAUGGUUGACGAGCUGCAAGUGGUGGAUGUUCCCAUCGUAGGCUGGCAAACAUGUCAGAAGUUGUGGGAUAAACUUCCUGCUAAUGUUAUCUGUGCCGGUGGAUACAAAAUAAACAAAGGAGCUUGUCAGGGUGAUUCUGGAGGCCCUCUGGUGUACAAGGGCAAGGUGGCAGUCGGUAUUGUUUCCUUUAACAAUAAGUCCAACUGUGACUACCCAGAUGUGCCCAACGUCUAUACGGACAUAUCAAAAUUCCUCCCGUGGGUCAAAGACAUUCUGAAGAAAAAGCAAUGCUGAGUGAUUUAAUGUUUUGGGAUUGUUAUGUCUUUAUAGUACUGCCUUGUUCUAUUCACUUUGUCAGUCGCUUGUUGAACUAAAUCACUGUUUUCUCUUAGGACACCAAUCCACACAAAUGAAAGGCCUCUAUGCGUUUUUUUUUUUGUUUGUUUGUUUUUUUUUGUUUUUGUUUUUUGUUUUCGGUUUAUGAAACUGAGACAACAGAGAUGUGAAAUGAAAAUAAACAACAGAACACAAAUAAACUCAGUGUUAACCUGCUGGUUGCUCU